AUGAGAAGGGUGCUAGCAGUAGCUAUAAUGCUUGGAGUAGCCUUUACCUCUGCAACUCAUUACUAUUCAGCUGUCGAAAUGUUAAGAAGAUUUGUCAAUAAUCCGGCAGAUGCCGCACUACUGAGCACGUUGAUGUUCGAUUGGUAUACGCCACGUAGUGAGAUUCAACAACAGGUUGAAGCCGUCGUACAAAGACAACCUGAAGAUGUUCAGCAAAUUUAUCGUGCAGCACUUCAACGACAGGAAAACCAACAGAACUACACCUAUCAACGACGGUUGGAUUGGUUACAACUAAGAGGUGUAUCUCAAUCGGUAAUUGAUGCUCAGAAUGAGAUGUACCUUAUUGACAAUGAUAUGUCCUUAUCGAUGCUCGAAGCCCAGGAUAGAAAACGUGCUGUUUAUGGAAAUCUGACAUUUGCUGAACGACGUCAAUUUCACGGAUAG